UCCACACCGUGUCAGUCGGUUAUCAUAAGGCGACUGCAGCACACGUACCUUGUCCACUACCUAGUGCUAGGCACACAGUACAUUAUUAUUAGCUUAUAUUAUGGUGCUAGGUAAAAUUGUGUGAAAAACAUGAGUGUGAUAACGUUACUCAAACAUUUUGUUGUUUCAAAUGCCCUUACUCUAUAUUAUUCUAUGGCAAUAGUCAUUGGGUUCGCUGUGAAUUAUUUCAAAAAUCCGUUUAGAAACCCUUGGGCUACGAAAGUUAGAUUGGAACCACCAGCAAGACUAUCUGACCCGAAAUAUGGAGUGCAUAAAUACUUGAAAGCAAACAAUAUUAUACUUCAUUAUGUGGAAAAUGGUGAUCCCUCGAAGCCAUUGAUGGUGUUUUUGCAUGGAUAUCCUGAAUUUUGGUAUUCGUGGCGCUAUCAGCUUGUAGAAUUUAGUAAAGACUACUGGUGCAUAGCCGUCGAUAUGAGGGGUUACUGUGAUUCCGAAAGACCAGAGGAAGUAUCAGCUUACAAGAUUGAGUUAUUGGUUGAAGACAUACGUGAUCUAGUGCGACAAUUGGGCAGAGAGAAGUUUAUCCUCGUAUCUCACGACUGGGGCGGUAUCGUAGCUUGCCAGUAUCGGGAUGUAUAUCCAGAAACACUACAAGGUAUUAUCGUUAUGUCCAGUACAGCGAUUGACAUUUGGAACGAAGCGAUCUGGACAUAUGAGGAACAGAGGAAGAAAUCCUGGUACGUGUUUUUGUACCGAAUGCCAAUAAUUCCGGAACUUUUGUUUCAACAAAAUAAUUUAGAUUUAUUGGACAGAGCAAUGCUUGUAAAAGGAAAAACUACAAUUGACAGUCAAGACAUCGAAUGUUUUAAAUAUUGGUUCAGCAAAAAACAUGCAAUUACACCACCGAUCAAUUAUUACAGAGCUAACUUCAGGUACACAUACACGUCUCAAAAUUUUAAGGAGGAUAUACCGUUUCUGUAUGCUUUAGGAGAAAAAGAUCCCUAUGUAAGCAAAGAGAUAAGUGAUCUAAUGGAAACACGAUACACAAGCCUUGAAAAGAAAGUAGUGAAGGAUUUGGGACAUUUUAUGCAGCAGGAAGAUCCUGAUACAAUUAACAGUUUAAUAAGAAGCUUUUUAAAUAAACAUAAUUUAUAAUACCUUGAGAGAAUAAAGAAGUUAUUAUUAAUUAAGAAGAAUACAUGACGUGUUUAAAUUAAAUUAUUUUAAAUACCUUCAAAACGUCCUCAUAGACCACAGUGAAUUAAAUUUUUGAUGUA